AUGAGCCGAAAGAAGCAUGGAGACUAUUCGGUCAUGCCGCCGGGGGUGUCUCGUAAAAAUCUAUUCCAAGCGGUAUGUUUUUGUGUUUGGAGCACUAUAUGAACAUAAAGCUUUAUCAUUUUUAAUCUAGCUUAAUUUUGAGGAUUUUAUUGACUGUUUAUUUUGUUGGGCUGUACAAAUAAUUCUGCGCCAUUUAACAACGAAAAAUAGCUUUAAAAAAGGCUAGGAAUUAUUUGAAUAACCUAAUAUAAAGAAGUUGUAGAAGAAGUGUAGAUUUUGUUUUUUUUUCAACACAAGUUCAAGUUAGUGUAGGCUGGGAACUUGAUAUUGAAUGGUUUGUUUAGAUAAUUGCCACAGAAGCCGCGACAUACUCUAAAAAACAACAAGAUGAAGCUAAAAAGCACAACUUGGGCAAUGAUAUCGUGGGUGUUCAGUACAAUUUCCCAAUUCGAACUAUGUAUGUGUCACUCUUUUUUGUUUCUUAUGAUGAGAGCUUUUAAUUUUAUCUAUAAUUUGAACUUUGUAUGCUUCUGUUUUAAGUUGUUUUACUUCUUUAAUAACGAGUGUUAUAUAAUAAUUACUUCUUCAUCAUUUACUACAUAACAAUAUUUACUACAUAAAAAUGUUUAUUUUAUUUCAGUGUAGCCGAACGUUAUCACAUAGUAGCCAAUUUACCGGGCAAAAAAUGGCAAAUCAAAUUGUGUGCGAGAGAUGGCAAUAUGCAACAACUGAGCUUUCUGAAAGUGCCAUUCCACGAAGACAGGUUUAAUAUGGUGUGGAGAGAGUUGACUAUCUGGUCGGUGCUGGAAGACUUUGAACCUUUGAUGUUUUUGAAUCCGCCCGACAUCGAUUUGGAUUUGGACUGUCGAACUUUGAGUUUUCCUGCCUUGGGCUACAGUAUUUAUGAAAUUAAGGUAUAUUUGAUGAUUUUUGUACCUAUUCCUUGCUUUGUCUCAUUUUACUUUGCUCUACUGUCUCAUUCUACUGUGAUUUAUCAAAUUCUAUCUUAUCAUGCUUCGUGUCUUACUAUACUUUACUAAAUCCUGCCAAUUUAUGUAAAAUACGAGUUGAAAUUUAUGAAUAAUGAACAUAUAAAAGCUUUAUUUCUAGGAAUUCUACAACGUUUUGCCCCUUCAAGCUAUCAUUGUAUCUGCAAUGGACAUGCUGUGUGCCAUCAAGCAACUACACGAUCAGGGCCUCGUUCACCGUGCCAUCAGUCCACACCAGUUUAGAGUGGGUCUCUCGGCAGGUGGUACCGAUCCAAAUAUAGUGCAUUUGGUCAGUUUGGAAGUGGCGAAGACUUGGAUCAAUAUCAAUUGUCUCAAGUUCAUACCAGGCUGUGGCAACAACUUUAAACCGAACGAAUUGUACUCGUCUCCAGAUGUUGUAGCAGGAAAGAAUUGCACCCGAAGGGAUGAUCUUCUCAGCUGGUUUUACUGUGUAAGUUUUUGCUUAUUUUGUUGACAUUAUGUUACGGUUGUUAAUAUAGAAGCCAAUUUUAGUUGUUAUUCAUGAGAAAAGUCGAUUUUUUCUCGGGAAACGAUGGAGGAAGUAUAAGUCAAGUUCAGAAAAGAAAUGGAGAUCCUUUCACUUUGGUCGCCGCCUUUGGCGCUAGAGCUGGUCCACCAUUGGUUUGCAUCCUUCAAUACUUGAGAUGGCUGAAUCCUGGAGCUAGACCUGAUUACAUAUUCAUUUAUAAGUAUGACUUAUUUUUUGUUUUAUGGUGUUUUUGAUAAAGUGAUAAAGGCCGGCUACUAAGAGUAGGGUAGGUUAAUGUAAAGUAGAAAAAAGUUGGGGUAAGUUAGGAUAGGUUAAUGUAUAGCAAGGUAGAAUAAACUUGAUGGAGUGUUGUAGGGUAGGAUAAAGUACGGUAGAGUAGGUUUGAAGUAGUUUAGUAAGAAAAAUGAUUUUCAGAUGUCUUCAGCUUUCUUUGAUAUCUAUCUCCAACAGAACACCACCGUUAUUGCCGAAGAAUGUCAACGAUUACGUCAAGAUGUAUGACGAGACUUAUGAUCCGGAAAUAACGGUAAGCAAGGGUUUUCGAAGUGACGAUUGGUCAUUGUCUAGGGUUAUAGUGUCAAGCAUUACACAUACAGUGGAACCUCCGUAUAAGGAACCUCUACAUAUAUAACGAACCCCCUGUAUAACGAACAACUUUUUAAUCCCCGGCUAUCAUUACACAAUGCAUUUUAAACCUCUAUAACGAAAACUUUUUAUAAUGAUCAAAUUUUAAUUCUUCUGGCGAUUUGUUAUACAGAGGUUUCACUGUAGUAGAGUUUUGAGAGUAGUCUUCUGUAUAUUCAAUUUUAAAAAGUUGGUUUAGAAAGACAUGAUGGAGUACAGAAAACAUAUCAUCGAACGCCAAAGUGUCUACUUUACUCCUGAUGACGAGGACGAAAUGGUAGAUGUAAGUAUAUUUUUUAUAAAAGUUAUCAUUUUUUUACAGGUUGGUAUUUUAGUUUUUGAAACUAAAUUUCAAAUUUUUUUUGUUUAUUUAAUAACAUUUUAAUUUUUAAAAAAAUUUAAUAUUAUUUUUAAAUUUAAAAAGGACUUACAAUUUAAAUUUAUUUUCAGUUCUCAUCAGUCGAAGAAUACCUGCCACAUUAUGCCAAGAGGUUGAGCGAAUUCAAUUCUUUUUCCAUUUUUGAAAACAUGGUCAAUAUCAAUCCAAAUAUACCAUUUUUUGUCGAAUAUGCCUUUAGACAAAGACCAGCACCGUCAGCAUGA